CCCUGUAAUGGAAAACGCCUUCUAGUCGUGCUUUUUAAGACGUGGACGGUAAGGGAGAAACAGCAUCAGGAGAAUUGAACACUGGUAGAAUCGUGAGCUGUACGCACGGCGAACGGCACGCCCAUAUAUAGGUGAUGCUGAAAAUGGGAAGCUACGCCGCACGACGCGCACGUCGCCCAGCGAACCCUGUCUAUGUAGCGAGGCGAGCCGGGCUGGAGCAGCACUGGCCUGACGGGGGUCUGCCGUGGGAGAUGGUGGCGAACGAGCCUCGCCUGUGGGAGGCUAUGCGUCAGGCAAUGCCAGAGCAGCAGCUGAACAUGCUGGAGUGCCGUAUCCCGUGGACGGUGGAGCGGUUGCGGGUGCUUGAGGCCGCCACCCGGAGGGCGAGCCCGAGCCUGCCGCAGCUCCCUGAGCCGUCCAGCUUGGAAGUGGAGCCGAGCCUUUCCACGCAGCCACCAACCAUGCAUCAGCCACCGAGCCGCGCGCCGGUCCAGGGCCCUCGCGCCUCGCCCCGGCCCGCUGGCGCGCCGGCCGCCGGAGACGUGGAGCGGUACCGGCCCGUCAUCCAGAACCUGGCCAGCAACCUGGGCAGUUCGCACUCGCGGGAGCUGGCGUACGAGCUGGGGCUGCCCAUCGGCACGGUGGACGGCCUGAAGGAGUCGAGCCGCUCGGUCAGCGAGUUCACGCGGUCGGUGGUGGUGCGGUUCCUCAGCUCGCCGUGUCUGCACCGCGAGGACCCGAUGGACAAACUGCUGACUGCUCUGCGGCGCAUGAACCUGAACAUGACGGCAGAUAAUCUAAGCGAUCUCAUGGACUUCGAGGGUCUGCGGUAGGCGGAACAUGUGCUGCUCCGGCCUGCGGUAGCCGGAGCAUGUGCUGCUCCGGUCUGCGGUAGGCAGAGCAUGUGCUGCUCCGGUCUGCCUUAGGCGGAGCAUGUGCUGCUCCGGUCUGCGGUAGGCGGAGCAUGUGCAGCUCCGGUCUGCGGUAGGCGGAGCAUUAGCGUGUGGUGCUCCGGUCUGUGAAACUGGUCAUCAUUAUCGCUUACAUUUCAGGGUGUUCAGCUGUGCUGUACACCUGGCUAGGUGCAAGGCUGCGGAGAGUCGGUCCCCAAUCGAGUUAUGUAAGGAGGGUGGCCUGAAUUCCUUGUGCUAAGAACGAGCGCAGGUGUUUUACCCAGAACUUAUUUUAAGCAGUGUUUAUUGGUACAUUCAACAGGCAGCCACCCACGCGAGAACUGCUAUCGUAUCUCAGUUAGGGUUGGCUAGCUGCGAGGCUGUACUUACAAACGGGCGUAGGUUUGCCCUGCUGUGCGACAUUCUGGUAUGGUUGCCAGUUUCAUCCUGAUCAUCCGGAUCAUCCAGCCAUCCGGGUCUUAUAUCUGCUCGCUUGCAGUUAUCUAUGGUAUGUAGCGCGGCAGGCAUAAUGUUGUUUCGCAAAUGACACCGGUGCAUCGGAGUCCUGACCACUGUGUGGGUGCAAAAUUUUUAAUAAGGCUUGUUAGUGCAUGAUGCACGGAUGUUUACCUUGCGAGGGCCCAUGUAUCCACAUGGGCCCUCGCAUACGAGGCUCAUAUACACAGUACGUGUGCAAUGAUUAUCAGCAAGGUGUGGGACCAUCCAAUGUCUCUGAGAUUUGACUAUGUUCCGUACAACACCAAACGCGUACCAGGGCAACCGGAUGCUGCUGGUCUGGGCUUGGUGUCGUCGGAUCGCCGCCGGUUGAAGAUAGUGGUCCAGGUGCGAAGAGGGCAUUGUUACACACCGUUUCAUCAAAAGUUGGCGUGCUAUUCAAGACGCUAAGAAUGAGUUUGAAUUGAUGGGUGGAACCUGUGAGGAAUGGAAUCAUAGCUGUAAGGUUCGAUGUUGAUGGCAAAUGCAUGCCACAUUUGAACUGUUGAUAUUUGACUGCCAAGUGUGCGUGGCUGAUUAGGCCACGUUGAUAAGUUAGUCUGUCGCUGGGCAAGAACGAACGAAUUACUAGGAACCUGACAAGCUAGAUUCAUAACAGUACGAGGCAAUGUGGUACGCGUAAAUGCAAUACGAAAAAUCUGUACAUGAAAAUAAUUGUGACGCCUACAAUUAUGCGACGCUUCACGGGCGCAACUUUUUUCGUGAACAGCAACGUGAAUGUGAAGGUUUACGUCCCGAGUUUUGCGUACGAAGGUCUCCAACACUAAGGUUUGCGGAUUGAAA